CAGGCGCCUCAGCAGUGCAACUUGCUCUCUCUCUCUCUCUCUCUCUCUCUCUCUCUCUCGCGUUCUCGUGAUUCUCACAGUACCUCUCUCUCUUGUCUCUCCGCGUUCACACUCGAAGCUGAGUGACUCCAAAGAAGCAAGAGCUUAUUCCAAUGCUCUCCGUCCAACCGACUUCUCGCCGCUGCUUUUACUUCCAUUGCUUGAUCGGCUUGUUUACAGUUGCUUUAGCUGGAGAUCCAUACGUAUUCUACGAUUGGACUGUCUCUUACCUGACUGCCUCCCCACUCGGGGUUAAACAACAGGUGAUUGGAAUUGAAGGACAAUUUCCCGGACCCAUUCUCAAUGUCACCACAAACUGGAAUGUUGUUGUCAAUGUCAAGAAUAAUCUCAACGAGCCAUUUCUUCUCACAUGGAAUGGCAUACAACAGAGGAAAAACUCAUGGCAGGAUGGUGUCUCAGGGACUAAUUGUCCUAUUCCUGCUGGCUGGAAUUGGACAUAUCAAUUUCAGGUUAAAGACCAGAUAGGGAGUUUCUUUUACUUUCCUUCUCUAAACUUCCAAAGAGCCGCUGGUGGAUAUGGAGGAAUAAUCAUCAACAACAGAGACGUCAUACCACUACCGUUCGGAACUCCAGAUGGGGAUAUCACUCUCUUGAUUAGUGACUGGUACAUAAAGAGUCAUGAUAAACUAAGGAAGCAUGUUGAAGAUGGGGUUGGCCUUGGAGCUCCUGAUGGUGUCCUCUUUAACGGACUAGGUCCAUAUCGCUAUGAUGAGUCACUGGUGCCUAAUGGUAUCUCUUACGAGAUAAUAAAUGUUGAACCAGGCAAAACAUACCGCUUCCGGGUACAUAAUGUUGGCAUCUCCACAAGUUUGAAUUUUAGAAUCCAGAAUCAUAACUUGCUUCUGGUAGAGACUGAAGGAUCAUAUACAGUUCAGCAGAACUAUGCGAACAUGGAUGUUCAUGUGGGUCAAUCAUUCUCAUUCUUGGUCACAAUGGAUCAAAAUGCCACCAGUGAUUAUUACAUCGUUGCCAGUUCCCGGUUUGUAAAUUCAUCUGCUUCAGCUAGAGCUGCAGGAGUUGCUAUCUUGCACUACUCCAACUCUCAGGGGCCUGCUUCAGGUCCUCUUCCAGAUCCCCCUAAUGAUUUCGACUCAUUUUUUUCAAUGAAUCAAGCAAGAUCCAUAAGAUGGAAUGUUUCUGCUGGUGCUGCUCGCCCGAACCCUCAGGGGUCAUUCAAAUAUGGUGAUAUUACUGUGACUGAAGUGUUUGUGAUCGUUAAUAGACCUGCAGAACUCAUCGAUAGAAAAUGGCGUACUACGCUUAAUGGAAUUUCUUAUUUAGCACCUGCAACACCUCUGAAGCUUGCUCAGCAAUUCAACAUUCUUGGAGUUUACAAGCUUGAUUUCCCUAAUAGAUUGAUGAACAGACCUCCGAAAGUUGACACAUCUAUCAUUAACGGCACAUACAAAGGUUUCUUUGAAAUCAUAUUCCAAAACAAUGAUUCGUCUGUUCAAAAUUACCAUAUGGACGGCUAUGCAUUCUUUGUUGUGGGCAUGGAUUAUGGAGUGUGGACAGAGAACAGCAGAAGCACUUACAACAAAUGGGAUGGCGUUGCUCGCUCCACUACUCAGGUAUUCCCUGGAGCUUGGACUGCUAUUUUAGUUUACCUUGACAAUGCUGGCAUUUGGAAUCUCCGUGCGGAGAACCUGGACUCGUGGUACCUAGGCCAAGAAGUAUAUGUGAGCGUGGUGAAUCCGGAGAUCGAAGUUGAUACUGAGAUUCCGUUGCCUGGAAACACCAUCUACUGUGGCCUGCUCUCAUCCUUACAGAAGGGCCAGGCUCAGAGAUUCAAGUUCUCUGGUGCGCAAUCUGUUGCAAAACCAAGCAGAACAGUUCUGGUUGCACUUUUCAUAGCUUUGCUUGGAGCUUUCCUCAGGUAGUAUAUCUGGGAAGAAAAAAAUGUAGGGUGGAAUUGUAUCAAAGGAUGGUAGAUAAAUUAUGGUGCUCUGUUUACCAUUGUUUUAACUUUUUUAAUGGGUUCACAUUGAGGUAUGUAAUUACACGCGGAUAAAUGAGGGAAGUGUACAAGAGGAGUCAAAUCAGGUUAAACAAA